AUGAUUUUAGAUGUAAGCGAUGAAGCGCUAUUUGGGAUGAGUUGUGAGGAACAUCGGGAGGAAUUAUCCGAGUGGUCUCAGUGCAUCAUACCGCACGGUGAUCUAACCGAUGCAAUCACCCUCUUUUUGAGAAGUGUGAAACAUUUUGGUUGUAAACUUCCACCUAGAAAAGUAAUCAAAUUUGGACUCAACUUUUUGCGUAACAAUUCGAACAACUAUUUGGAGCAUCCACUCUAUAAACGAAUUACCGUUCAAAACUGUGGCAAAUGUAGCCGACGGGUUAGAUGUUGCAAGAGGUCAAAAUCAUUUCUCGCUCAAGCUUAUGAGUCAGAAGCAUGCUCUGGAUCAGAUGCUGUUUGUGUGUUCGAUCCACUUUCAGACAGCGAUUUACGAGAGCUUCUGGAAAGAUAUCCAAAUGUAAUGCCACCAGCAGAUCGAUGUAAUGUAUCAAACUACGUGUCUGCUGAACUGAUAACAUUAAGCAAAGGACCAGCAUAUCAAUACGUGGAACCACUGCUGUAUCAGAUAUUAGGUACCAGAAUACCCGCUGUAAAUUGCGUUCUGCGCGAUGGUAAAUGUCAUUGCUGUUGCUUUUCAUUUAUUCCUCAACCGGAUGGUUAUUGUUACUUAAAUACUAAUAUAUCAACGCCAUCACAUCCUUCCCGUUUAUAA